AUUAUGAUACUGUCCUCAUCGCACAAUGAAUAUAAUUUUCCUGUAUCACCUCCGUUAGAUCAACGUAAACAGCUCGCGACACUUGCUAACGCAUCAUCUCUCUAAUUUGGGUCUUUGUUACUAUGAUUCGUACUCUUCUUUCUUCCCUCAGCAUCUCUCUGAUUUGGGUCUUCGUUUCUUGGAAUUCUUGGAUUUAGGUGUUCAUGGAAGGCACUUGUCCAGGGAUUUUCUGCCUCUGUUUUCGAUCAAAAAAAUCUAGUUAAUCUUAAUCAUACCUACAUGGAUUUUCCAUUUCUCUCUCGAGCUUCAAAACCCAUUUAUAAAUCUGAUUCUUCAUCAUCUUCUGAUGUGAAUUCGGUGAGCCAUGCUUCUUCCGAAGAAGGUGCUUUCUCUGAUGCCACUCUCAAGUUUAUCAACCAGAUGCUUAUGGAAGAAGACGAUUUGGAGGAUAAGCCUUGUAUGUUCCGAGAGUGCCUGGCUCUCCAAGCUACUGAGAAAUCUUUCUAUGAUGCUCUUGGAGAGAAGUACCCACCUCCCUCCUCGAAUGCAGACCAUGUGUUCGACCUUAAUCCCAGCCCAGAUGAUCACUCUCCCGAUGGUGAAAGCAGUGACAGCCCUGGUUCUGUCAACUACUUCGUCGAGCCCAAUUGGGUUCGUGAUCAAGAGAAACUUGAAAGAAGCUCUUCCGAUUUUGGCACCACCUUUGACCCCGUUUCGCAAUCAAUCGGCUCUUCCAAUGGUUCUGGUGAUGGCUCAGUCGACACUCUUGUUAAUCAGAGCCAACCCUUCUGGUUGUCGAGUGGAGGGAACACAAAAGUUGCGGAGUUGGUCUCAAAUAAAAAAAUUGUAAACUAUGGUCUGGAGAUGAAGGAGAAGAACUCGAAGGUUGUGGCGCAGGAAGAGAAGAAUAGGAGGGACCAUUCACCAAAUGGGUCAAGGGAGAAGAAAACUCAUCAUCGAGGAAAUGGCGAUAAUGCAGAUGAUGAUCGGACUAACAAGCAAUUGGCAAGUUAUACUGAUGAUUCUGAUGAGCAAUUAAAGAUGUUUAAUAUUGUGUUUCUCAGUUCUGAUUUGCAUCAGGGGUCCAGGUUAUGUCUUCAUCAUGAUGACAAUGAUUCAGCCAAGAAGUUGCAGCAGAGCGGACCAUCGAAAGGUUCAAAUGGAGGAAAGGGACGCGGUAGGAAACAAGGCAACAAAAAGGAAAUGUUUGAUUUGCAGACUCUCCUAACUCAGUGUUCACAAGCCAUUGCACGAGCUGAUGUUAGGAGUGUUAAUGAACAGCUUAACCGAAUCAGACAACACUCUUCUGCUCAAGGUGAUGGCAUCGAAAGAUUGGCCCAUUACUUUGCUAAUGCCCUCGAGGCUCGUUUGGCUGGCACUGGGACAGCAUUGUAUGUUCCUUCAUCUACCAUGAGGAUAUCGGCUGCUGAUGUCUUGAAAUCUUACGAGACAUAUGUCAAAGCAUGCCCUUUCAACAAAAUGUCCAAUUUGUAUGCGAAUAGAUCGAUUAUGAAGCUCGCUCAGACAGCAACGACGCUUCACAUAAUCCAUUUUGGUAUUCUAUAUGGGUUCCAAUGGGCCUGCCUUAUCCACCAUCUCUCUGCCAGACCCGGUGGGCCUCCUAAGCUUCGCAUUACAGGAAUAGACUUUCCCCAACCCGGGUUUCACCCAGCAGAGAGGGUUGAGCAAACGGGGCGUAGAUUGGAAACAUAUUGCAAGAGAUUUAAUGUACAAUUUGAGUACACUGCAAUAGCCAAGAAAUGGGAAACUAUUGAACUUGACGAACUCAAGAUCGAUAGAGACGAGGUGCUUGUUGUUAAUUGCUUGUUUCGGCUUGGGAAUGUACCCGAUGAGACAGUUCUAGCGAACAACCCACGCGAUAUUGUUCUCAACUUGGUUCAGAGGAUCAAACCAGAUAUGUUCAUUCACGGAGUUGUGAAUGGGAUGUACAAUGCGCCCUUCUUUGUGGCUCGAUUCAGGGAGGCUCUUUUCCACUUCUCUUCAAUAUUCGAUAUGUUUGAGGCUACUAUACCGCGUGAAGAUGGAGAUCGGGUGAUGCUUGAGAAAGAGAUUUAUGGAAGGGAUAUAAUGAAUGUCAUAGCAUGCGAGGGUACUGAGAGAGUUGAAAGGCCUGAAACGUACAAGCAGUGGCAAAUUAGGACCCUGAGAGCGGGGUUCAAGCAGCUACCACUGAACCAGGAUCUUGUGAAGCUUGUAAGGUCCAUAGUCAAGGUUCAUUACCACAAGGAUUUCGUGGUGGACGAGGAUGGAAACUGGAUGCUGCAAGGAUGGAAGGGUCGUAUCCUCUAUGCUCUUUCCUGUUGGAAGCCUAUCGAGGACUAACUUAUAAAAAUGCAUUCUGUUGAAGAGUCUGUCACUGCGAGUGGCAUCAAUCCUCUUAGCAAAACUCAGCUUUUAUUGUAUGGGGGUUACAAAGAAGGAACUAAAGUGGGUUAUCGUUGGGAUUCGAAGUAAAUUUAAAACCCUGCUAGCUGUAUAUUUUGGGUAUGUACUUGAUAUCUUGCCUUCAUUGGCAACUUCUAUGAAGCAUUUGCCAUGCACAGUGCAGUCUCAUUUUUUUACUUGUUUUAUCUCUUAGUAUUACUUUAUUUUGUACGAUGUUGGACUUUGUUUAUUUUGUAUCAUCGAGUUGUAUGUUAUUUGGCCUUGCAAGUUGCAGAAGUUUUUCAACUUAACGGCCAUUGUUUUGCUGUUAAAUCACACAUCGAAUCACGGCUAGUUUUGUUAAAA